CUGACGAGCCGACCCUGGCUCGGGCACUGCGUCGGCUUUUGCCAGAGUACCUGUGGCCGCCCCGUCGCGAGGCGGCGCAGUGGGCGACUUUAGCCGGCGGCGGGGACGAUUCUGUCGACACCAUGGACCUGUACAGGCUGUUCGAGAACAAAGACAACGGCUGUCAGGAGUCAACGGCUGCUACUAAUGUAUUGACCUACAAUCAGCGGACCAAACUAAUGAAAGAGGAGAACUACUUCAACACCGAUAAGGAAGUGGAAGAAGUGGACAGUUUUAUAAAAGAGAACAAUCUAGUCAACAUUUUGUCGAUGAUCACAAACUAUGUGAAAGUUGUGGCCCAGAAGUGGAAUCUGCAUUGGUCACCCGCUCUUAUCGCUAUUUACAUCAAGGUAUACAAACUAGUCCGCCAUCACUACCCGGAGGCCUGCGAGUGGCAGCCGCUAGACAUGGCUUCGGGGCGGGCAGUGCUGUUGUACGGCGAGCUGCUAUUGGACCGUUGGCUGGCCAAUGGCAAGCAGCGAUCGGCGCCCAGUCCGCUAGCGGGCUCUCUGUUCGGCGGAGACUUCUCGUCGCUCACUUUCGGCAACCUGUCUGUUCUAUGUAGUGAGUUGGGCGACGAAGAUGCUGAGUUUGUGGUUCGCUGUUACUGGUUGGAAGCCAUAAUGUAUUUGCACGUGAAGAGUCGCGAUGCUGUAAUGAUUGCACUGGAACGCUACCUGGCGGACGGUCGGUGUUGCGGAGUACACCUAAAACUCAAAAACGUCGCCAACAAUUUCCAUAUCGAUGAGGACAACGUAAUGCGUCUCUACAACACGCUCAAACGCAAUGAGGAAUUGGAUAAGGUAACAGACCUUUUCGCCCGUGGCGAUCACUCUGCAGCCUGUGGCAUUCUGGAGCAAUGCCUGCAGCCCAGUAGUCCACUGCUUGCAGCCGACUGUGUAGAUCCACUGCUCGACCGCUGCACCCAGUAUUCGUUGCUGCUUGACUCACUGUUCGAGCGAGGCCAACACGCGCAAUGCCUCAACUGGUGCGAGAUGGCAGCACAUGAGGCACUCACUCACUACAGGGCAACCGACGACACACACCCCUCCCGCGCACGCUGGCUGCCCUCCUAA